AAGGACGGGGAAGCAACCCAAAGCCGCAGCCGCAGCGGCGGCAGCCUUCUCAUCAGCUGUCUUCGGUUGUGCCGCCGUCCAUGUGUGACCCCCGAGAGCGACGGAGCCGAGCCGCCGGCGCCAAUGGCCGUCGCCGCUGGCACCAACGGUCCAAACCGGGCUUGAUACCCCUGGCUGAUAUUUUCCCAAAGGAUAAUUCACUCCUAUCUGGCAUCAACAGGCUGCAUCAGACAAUGCCAGAGGAAAUAUCUCCAGAUUCUAAGUGCCCGAUCUGCCUGGACCUGUUUGAAAAUGUGGCCUACUUGGAUCGCUGCUGGCACAGGUUCUGCUACCGGUGUGUGUUGGAGUGGUCCAAAAACAAAGCAGAAUGCCCACUUUGUAAACAGCCCUUUCAUUCCAUCGUGCACAGCAUGAGAUCUGCAGAUGACUACAAGGUGCAUUCUGUGAGGCCUUCAGAAAUAGAAUCUUUUGCUAAUCCUAAUGGGAGGCGAUUCCGUUACCGAACUACGUUAACAGGAGAACAUCCUGCAAGUGUUAAUUCCCAGAGGUCUUCCUCUUCUCGAAGGACAAUGGCUUCCCCAAAUUGUGGGAUCUUGUUUGAAGGGUUAUCAACUCAGACAACAAGGCAGAGAGAUGCAGAAAUGCAUCAGAUGAUCAGACGGCUUGCAUCAAGGCGACAAGCUAGUUUGGAAGGUAGAUUUAUGCGGCACAUUCAAGAGCAAGAGAUGAUUAGCUUUCGAAAAGCUCUGUAUCGUUCUGGCACACGUGUGAGAAGCAUUGAAGAUGGAGGGCGUUAUAGGGACAUAUCGGCUGAAUUUUUCCGCCGGAAUCCUGCCUGCCUCCAUAGGCUGGUACCAUGGCUAAAACGUGAACUCACGGUCCUGUUUGGAAUUCAUGGAUCACUCAUUAAUAUAGUUCGGCAUGUAAUAAUGAACAAUUUGAUUAAGUUUGACCUGGAAAGCCAGGCAUUUGCCAACGAACUACAGCCUUUCUUACUGCAAAGCACAGAGCAUUUCUUACACGAAUUUAUAAAUUUUGCCAGAUGUCCAUUUAAUAUUGAAGCGUAUGAUGAGCAUGCAAAUUAUGAUUGCCCAGCUCCAUCACGAGAAGAAGGAAGUGCAUCUGAAUCUUCAAUUAUUACAAUAUCACCCGAUGAAACAGAAACCCAGGCACCCGAUUGCAAUGCUUUCAGAACUGACACAGGCCAGGCACCCUGGGAUGACGAAACCCCAGGCCCCUCCUAUUCUAACCCAGAGCAAGUGCAUGUGUCUCCAACUGCAUUAAACACUUCGGAAAGCUCUGAUGAAGAGCCUGCUGGAAAUGGAACAGGGUUGCAGAUGCCAAAACAAGCAAAUAUAGAGGUGAAUGGUGACAGUUGUGAUUCAUCGGACAAUUGUGUAAUUGUGGACUACGUUAAACCAUUAGCUGAGAGAACCCCCGAGCUUGUUCAGCUAUCCUCAGACUCUGAACUUUCAGCUGAUGAUGAGAAAAAGGAAGAUACAGAUAAAGUGCAGCCUAUCCAGUUCUGUAGCUUUAGCCCGACAGAUGUUAGUAGAUCUGCUUCGCCAUCUUCUGCUGGAUCCAGAGAUGGCAUUGCUAAUAAGAUUAAUGAGUAUCUCUCCAAUGAAAAAAGAAAACCGAAGAGGGGCGAAAAAGAUGAGACUAAAUUCAGAGGAGCAUCUUUGUUGCAAAGCUUUUCUUCAAAGGAAGCCUGUCAUGGAUACAGUUCAUCAAAAAGAAGGAAACCUGAAUCGCAUGUGCAGCAUUCUGACAGAGAGCAUCACAGUUCAAAAAGGAAGAGGAAGCAUCGCAGUAGGGAAAAAAGAAAAAAGAAAAGAGAUGGCAGUAGACAUAAGCACAAAAAGAAUAAAAGGAGAUCAACUCGAGAAAAGAGUACUUCCCGAUCUCUUUCUCUAAGUAGUGAAAGCACUGAAUUGAGAGAUUUAAGGUGGUCACGAUCUCAAAGCAGAGACUAUAGUGGAACUUCCAGGAUUAAAGACACAGAUUAUUAUUUGAGAGACGAUUACUCCAAAAGCAAAAAAAGGAGUGAAUAUGCUUUAUACAAUCCAAACGCAGUCAGAAGUUAUGAACAACACAGAUCAAGAAACCGGUCAAAAAGUCGAUUUAGCAGCCGAUCUAGCAGCAGAUCAAGAAGCCCAUCUAGCAGCAGAUCGAGAACUUCCAGGCAUCCGGAUAGAGGACGUUCGGAAAAGCCGGGUGGGAAAAGGAAAUACAAAACCCGUCACUUGGAGAGCAGCCAGAGAGGUAGCGAGGAAGCCUCUUCGGUAAGAGAAAGCAGUGCUCUAAAGAAAUCCUUACCGAAGGAUCCAACCAUUUGUGCAAAAGUCACCAGCGUUGUAGACAGACAACCUCAAACAGAGACUCAGCACAAAAAGAAGAAGAAGCGGUCAAGAAGCCCAAGUGUGGAAAUCAUUUAUGAAGGGGUGUGUACAUCAAAGUAUGACAAAAAGAAACCAAAAAGAAUUAAGUCUACCAAUCUGACUAAUUCCUCUGCAUUGCCUUCUGUUGUGAUUACAAUUGACAGUGAUAGCGAUAGAGAGAAUGGCAUUACAGAAUCUAAAAUUUUCAACCAGUUGCCAACUAAGAGAUCAUCUUUGUUUCUACGUCUGGCACAAAUGAUAAAUGGCAAUUCACACUGCCAGCUACAGUCACCAGAGCAAGAUGUGUAAUUUUUUUAAAACUUUUUUUUUAAAAAAAAAUAGAUUUCCCCCCCUCUUACAUAGGUUAAGCCUUAGAUG